CAUUUGUUUCUAUUAUACAUAAUCAGCAUAAUUUGUUUCUAUUUACCCACGUAUCAUAAACAGCAUAUGCGGCAAACUGACAUAUGAGUCCCUAGAUAUUUAUUUCAGUCUCAUAAAUAAAAAUUGGAAAUUUUCCACGUCUCUUGAUCUCAGAAUGCCAGAUAUCGGCUUCUUAGAUUAGUUAUUAUCUGACGUCGUCUUUGCCGAUUCUCGUUUUUUCCUGUCCAGUUAUGAAUUAUCCCAGAGGUCAUAGAUAUAUGCUAAUAGAGUUACUGACAAGAUUCAUACUUUUAAUUUUAUUUAUAGUUUCAGAAUAUGCUGAACCUUUCCAAAGAAAAAUCCAUCCAGAGGAGUUAUGGUUGUAUAAAAAUCCUAGGACUGACAGUUAUGUUCCGACUCGUAUUUUAUGGGUUUUUAUAUGUAUAGUACCAUUUUUCAUCAUUUCUCUCUCAAAUUUACUUAACAAGUGCAAAGCAGAUGGAAUUCAAGCAUUUCUGGCAUUAACAUUGUCUUUUGGAAUAAAUGGAGUUGUUACAAAUGCCAUAAAGUUGAUUGUGGGAAGACCAAGACCAGAUUAUUUUUAUCGAUGCUUCCCUGAUGGUAAAGGUGAUCUGAAAUAUCCUUGCACUGGUAAUAAAGAAGAUAUUAAAGAAGGACUGAAAAGUUUUCCAAGUGGUCAUUCUUCAUUUGCAUUUGAUAGCAUGGUACUCUGCACACUUUAUUUAUGUGGUAAAUUGCAAGUAUUUAACCAAAAAGGAAGAGGACAGUCUUGGCGAUUACUUUUAGCACUUUCUCCACUUUUUCUCUCCAUACUUGUUGCUUUGAGCAGAACCUGUGAUUAUCAUCACCACUGGCAAGAUGUAUUGGUUGGAUCACUGCUAGGCAGUAUCAUUGCAUAUAUGUGUUAUUUCCAAUACUAUCCUUCAUUGAACCAUCCAAAUUCAGCAUUGCCAUACAGUAUUUUGGUAAAUUUACCAAGAACAGAUUCGAAUGAAUCUAAUCAACUUAAGAAAUCUGACAGUUUAGAAUGCAUUUCAGUCAAAUGGAUUUAAUUCACUUUUCUUUUUCUCCAAAUUACUAACAUAUUUUUUAGACUCAGCAAACUUAUCAAGAACUUUUUAACUUACGAUUUGUGAUUCUAUAAUGAAACUUGCAAUAUGAAUGAUGACGAAAAAGCAAUGAAAAACAAGACUUAUAAAAGAUCACAACAUAUAUUUGGUGAAAAGGACAAUGAAUUUUUACUAUAAAAAUAUUCCACAAUAAGAAAAUGAGAAGAAUUAUUAUAUUGAUUCUUUUUUUAUUCUUUCACAGAAGCAAAAAUAACUUAUUUACUGAGGUGUUUUAUUUAAAAUAUCUGGAUCUUAUUUUAACUACAUGUAAAAAAAGUAUAUUUAUAGCAAAUUUAGGUUAAAGACUCUUUAUACAUUUCUUGUAACUAUGUAUUUUUAAAAAGGGUUUGUCAUAUUUUUAAGCAUGCUUAUAAAAGUAGUCAUGCUUGAAACUGUUUUCAUUGAUAUACACUGGAAGUGCCAUUUUUUUUUUCAAACUUUAGAUCUGGUAAUUAUUUUAUAUAUAUAUAUGUAUAGUUUGCAUUUUAAUAUGUUAAGUUUUAAAAUUUUAUUUUUGAUUGCAUUCAGUUUAAAUGCUAUUGUAUUUAUUUAUAAAAUUUUACAUUCCAUAUCAAUGAAUAUUAUCUAUUUAAUGGAAGAAGAUGUCUUUCAUUUUUCAUUUCAUAAUGAAGACACUGUAUAUAUGGGUAAUUAUUGAUUGCUCAGUACAUGGAUAUGUGAUGGAAAUGACUUUCUUUUUAAGUUACAUUAAAUGCAGAAAAUGUUGUUCUAUGAA